UCAUAAAAAGCAGCUGACGGUUCUCCAGAGACAUUUUACCAAGAUGUUUUCAUGGGGAGAGAACUGCCAGCAGGGCUUUCGGUUGAAAGAUGGCUCAAAUAUCUCAGCAGGCGAUGGAGUUCACCUUUUAAACCUCGGCUUUGACAUCACGGAUCUGUCAGCAGGUCACAGCGUGCUCGCCUUCAUCAAAAGCAACGCUGAUGCUGCCAUCAUUUGCACAAAAGAGAGCAAAGAUGGGGGGAGAGUCAGAGGAAAACAGAAGUUUGUGACGUGUAAAGAGAAGAUUCAGGCCGUGGUUAGUGGUGAUGAUGUGGUCACACUGCUUUCUAAGGAAGGAAAAGUUCUCUGUGUGGACACAACUCGCACUUACAUUCCGAAGCCCCUGGAAGCUUUGUGUAACAUCCCGGUGUCUCAGGUUGCUUGUGGGAGCCAGCACUCAGUGGCCCUCACCAAAGGUGGUCAGGUGUAUACAUGGGGCCGGGAUUCCAGGGGCCAGCUGGGCCUGGGGAGAAGCGAGCCCGGCGCCAACUCUCCCCAACACAUCCGAUCUCUGUCAGCACUCCCCCUGGUCCAGGUGGCUGCAGGGGGAGAGCAGAGCUUCGCCCUCUCUGUGUCCGGAGCCGUGUUUGGCUGGGGAGGAAACGACUGCGGGCAGCUCGGGCUGGGAGACACAACAGACAGACCUACACCAACUCCUGUUUGUUACCUGAACACUAAGAAAACAAUUUACAUUUCCUGUGGAAAGGACCACACUGCCACUUUGACAAAGAAUGGUGCAGUGUUCACAUUUGGCUCUGGUCAAUAUGGACAGCUUGGGCACAACUCAUUCGGCGAUGAACUACGACCUCGGCUUGUUGCAGAGCUCUGGGGGGCAAAGGUCACCAAGAUUGCAUGUGGACGGCAUCACACAGUGCUGACGGACUCCAAGAGGGUCUACUCUUUCGGGUGUGGAGCGCAGGGGCAGCUGGGACACGGAGAGGAGAGUCAUCCGUCCGUGCCGCUACCGGUUCAACUGACACAGGACACCACUAAUGUACCUAAAAUUGGAAACAUCUACGCAGGAGGAAACUGUUCAUUUGCAACGUCCAUGUCUAUUAAGGAAGCGCAUGAGGUGUUAAGCACUGCCACUGCCAGCAAUGUAACAAAUGAUGUGUUUGACAAAUGGGUCACUGUAUGUAAUUCAAAGUCAUGGAAAAAGAUCAAACGGGAAAUCCGCAGGACGUUCUCCUCCGCAUCUUGCAUGAAUCAAAUCUUCCUUGAUCAAAGCAAAGAUAAACAUUUCCAGACCUCGUCAAAGUACUCCGGCUUGAACUUGUCACUUGCGCGACAUGCUUUCAAGAAACUGGCAAAGAAGGAUCACGUUAUGGCAGAGGUCGAGGCUGCUGUCCUGCGCUUGCUUCCCUCUCUUGAUGAGAUGCCAGUGGGGGUGGAGGGGUUGAGAAUCCACCUGCUUCUCAAUGAGCUCCUGCAUGUGAUCCAGAGACACAACCUGCGACGAACGAGCACAACUCUCGCCGAGGCGGUCGCCGCCGCUGUGCAAAGGCUCUGUGCUGGAAGCCUCCAGGUCUUAGGGGACUGGUGGUCCUCACUGCCGCCCUCCACCAAGGUUCAACACGUUAAGGUGUGGAAGCAGGCCCUCUCAGUGAUCCUGUCCUCUGAGCCUGUUCAUCGCGACUCUAGACUCGAAAACAUACUACUAGUCUUCCAGUAUAUGUACAACGCCAACGACAGGAUUGCAGGACGUCAGAGAAUCCCAGAACAAACUUUUUGUUUGGAGAUUAGCCAAACAUUUCUCCAAGAGGAUCUGCAAAUUUGGCAUUCAAAUAUCAAGGAUAUGGAUAAUCAGCAACUUGUCCUUUGUAACUUCCCAUUUGUGAUGGAUCUGAAAUCGAAGAAAAUGGCUUUUGACAUCCAUGCCGAAUGCUCUCAGAGAGAACACCAGGAAAUGGUGGGUUGGCCUUUUCAAGUGCGUCUAGCGUCAGAUCUUUUUUUCGGACUGAAGCUGAAGCGAGCGUCACUUUUGGAAGGCACCUUCAAACAACUGGCUGCUGCUCAUCCCAGUGACUUCAAGAAGCCACUUAUGGUCUAUUUUGACGAGGACCCAAAGGUCACAGACGUCUACAAAAGAGACCUUUUCCACCACUUGUUCCAUGAAAUGGUGUCAACUGGAUCUGGGAUGUUCAUGUUCAACGACUCCGAAACGCUGGCAUGGUUCCCCUCCACGACAACAGAGGAGGACAAGACAAACUUCUUCCUGUUUGGUGUUCUGUGUGGACUGGCCUUGUACAACAACAGUAUCAUACACUUACCCUUCCCACUGGCUCUGUUCAAGAAGCUGCUGGGUGUAGAGCCGACACUGCAGGAUUUGAUGGAAUUCAGCCCGGCUGUUGGAAAGAGUCUGCAGUGCGUCUUGGACUAUGGAGAGGAUGACCUCGAAGACCUGGACUGGUGUUUUUUGAUUAACUGGGAUGGGGCAGAGGUCGACCUUGACCCCCAAAAUCCUGGAAAGCCACUGACAGUUCUAAAUAAGAAGGAGUUUGUGGAUGCCUACGUGAGCCAUGCCUUCAGCGCGUCCGUGGAGGGCGUGUUUGAGGAGUUCAAGCGAGGCUUCUUCCAGGUGUGUGACCGGGGUCUGGUGACGCUCUUUCGGCCGGAGGAGCUGCAGGGAGUGCUGGUGGGCCAAGACGUGUAUGACUGGGCGAAACUGAAACAGAACACAGUGUGGGAACUUCGCUUUAGCGACCACACCAGGCAGAUGUUUUGGGAGGUUUUUGAUGAACUGACUGAAGACCAGAGGACAGAUUUCCUUUGGUUCCUGACUGGGUACAGGAGGGUUCCUAUUCUUGGCAUGGACCAGGUCCAGAUGAAUGUUCAAGUUACGCAAGUCCAGAGUGGUCAGCGCUACGAUCAGCACUUCCCCGGGUCUCUGACAUGUCACUCCAUUCUGUACCUGCCCUUGUACUCAUCCAAGGAGAUCAUGCGAGACAGGCUGACGGUGGCCCUGAUAGCAGAGAGAGGAUUCUCGAUGUGAUGGUGGAUCCACGGCUGCUGGACUGGAGCGUGUACAGUUUCUGUGCUAUGGGUGUGGGUGGACCUGAAUUUUCCUUUUAUGAUCACCUCUCAUGUGCUACCUCAGGAUUAAAACAAAUACUGCACUGUAUACACAUGACUUGACACUGUCAGUGUACUUUAAAAGAGGUGAUCAAAGAGCAGCCAUUCCUCAAUAGCAGCACCACGGUGUAGCAGCUUAACAGAAGGCACUUUGAGUAUAACAUGCAAUAAUUCAACUGAUAAUUAAGGAUUUUUAUGUUCAUAUCGUACGUUUUACAUCUCCUCAGGAUCAGAGUCUUAAUUUUGAAAUGAUCAUUUUCUAUCAGACCAAGUUGAAAUAAAUGAAAUAGUGUUUUGCCAGUUUAUUUGGUACAUUUAACUUAAUCUAAUGCAUUCCAAUACAACACUUGAAUAAAUCUCUUCUGGCUGAUUAUGUUUUAGAAAAUGUGUUAUUUAAACUGUAUGAUAAUCUGUGUUUGUGGUCCUGUUUAAUUGCAUAAUAUAUUAAUGGGAGGAAAUGGGGUUGAACAUAUUGUUAUUACAGUCAGAUAAGCCAAUAGCUGUGUGUAAAUUAGGGGACUUUUUAGAGAAUGUUUAACCUUUUUUUCCCCUGAAGUUUAUGUUCCACUUUUUUAAUAUAUUAUAUCUUGUUUGUACCUCCUACCAUGUUAUCAUGGUCAAUAAAAAAAAAUCAGAAACACUUAACAACAUACAUACAUUCAUUUGUCACUUGAAAAAACUUGAAUUUGAGGA